AUGUCCAAAAGAACAUCAUACGAACGCUCUGAACUCGGGCAUACGACUCUCAAACGCGCGAAACGAGUAGAUAAUAAUCUUCCCUACGAUCAAGUUCAAGAAGCCCUCGGUGCACAAGAGGAAAUCAAGGUUGUGACAAAGGUAGCGCAUUGGUUUCGUCCAAAAGAUCUCCGCAUUCAAGAUAACACCGCGCUGCAUCAUGCUUCCGAGCUUGCCCAAAGUGCGAGGAAGCCUCUCGUGUGUUUUUACGUCAAUUGCGCUGCAGACGAGUCGUGGCAUGGGACUAGCUCUGCAAGGGUCGACUUCAUGUGCGAGGGAUUGCGCAUCAUGCAGAAAGAGCUCAAGGAAUUGAACAUACCGCUAGUCUUCCUAGAGUGCGAGGAUAGGAAGAAGAUCGUACAGACAGCAGUGGAUUGGAUGAAAAAGUGGGAGAUUUCACACGUGUUUGGCAACUUGGAGUACGAGAUUGAUGAGAUGCGGAGGGAUUUGAAACUCUGCCAAACAGCUGGGGAUGGUAUUCAAGUCUCAUUGUACCAUGACCAGACCGUUGUCGAGCCUGGUACAAUGCUUACAGGCGCUGGGACACCCAUGAAAGUCUUUACACCCUUCUUCAAAGCGUGGCUCGAGAGGCUGAAAGACGAGCCGGAAUUGCUUGACACUAACCCUUCACCUACCGCAAAUGCUCCCUCUGCGAAGAAGGAGCUAAAAAGUCUCUUCGAUACAGCCGUGCCCCAGCCUGCAAAAGACAAGCAAUUCGAGUCGGAAGAAGACAAGAAGAGGAUACGGAAGCUGUGGCCUGUCGGUCACGAUGCAGCAGCACAACGAAUGGAUGCGUUCCUAAAGCAAAUUGACCACUACGCCGCUACACGCUCAAAUUCUGCCGCAAAUAGCACGUCACGCAUGUCUGCCUACUUUAGUGCGGGCAUGUUCUCCGUACGCGAAGCACUGCAGAAAGUUGUAGAUUACAAUCGCGGCAGUACCGAUUUUACCGAAGCCAAGGCAUCCAAUGGCGUCUACGGUUGGGUCCGAGAGAUUGUUUUCAGAGAACUCUACAGACAGACAACCAUGACUACACCACACACCUCCAUGAACCUCCCACAGAAUCUCAAAUUCGACGCAGUAGAGUGGGAAGACGACCAAGCAGGCUGGGAGAAAUGGUAUGAAGGCAAUACAGGCGUUCCCUUUGUAGACGCUAGCAUAAUGUAG